UGUGUUGGAGCAUAUGCCGCUUGCAGUUCCCUCCCACCCCAAACUAUUCGCGUGAUUCCCAAACCGGACGCCCUCUCGUUCCCACCGCCUCUCCUCCUCCGUCUCCAUCUCCAUCUCCAUCUCCGUUCCCUUCUCUCUGGACUAAACUUGCUGUUUGGUGAUUAUGUGGAAGAUGUUGCAUUCUCUUUAUUUGUUGGCAAAUGUAUGAAGUGUUUGGAGAAAUUUGAAGUGCAAAAUGAUUAUCUGAUGGGAAAUAAUAAGCAAUCUAUGAGCCCAUUGCUGGAUACACUUAAAAUGGAGAGAGUUAGUACAAUCUUGAAUCCAGCAUAUCCUUAUCCACAUGAACAUUCAAGGCAUACUAUUAUGGCAGUAGUUGUGGGAUGUCUAUUCUUCAUCUCGUCCGAUAACAUGCAUACCCUCAUACAGAAACUGGAUAGUAAUGUUAAGUGGUGGUCUAUGUACCUCUGUUUGAUUGGGUUCUUCUAUUUCUUUUCAUCCCCAUUUAUUGGGAAGACAAUUAAACCAAGUUACUCCAACUUUAGCCGUUGGUAUGUUGUUUGGACAUUUGUUGCAGCUCUUUACCAUCUUCCUAGUUUUCAGUCUAUGGGGGUGGAUUUGAGAAUGAAUCUCUCUUUAUUUCUCACAAUAUAUGUUUCAUCAGUUGUAUUCCUUACUGCCUUCCAUAUUAUUUUUCUUGGCCUUUGGUAUGUUGGGAUUGUUGCUCGUGUAGCAGGAAAGAGACCUGAAUUUUUCACCAUUAUCCAAAACUGUGCCGUUAUAAGUAUCGCGUGCUGUGUUUUUUAUAGCCAUUGUGGUAAUCGUGCUAUUCAAAGAGACAAAUAUUUGGACCAAAGAAAUUCUUUGUAUUCCAUGUUAUUUAUGAAAAGUGAAGAUGGGAACAGCUGGCUUUCAAACUUUCUCCAUAUAUAUGAGUUAAAAGAUCAAAUAUGCUCAUCUUGGUUUGCUCCAGUUGGAUCUGCCAGUGAUUACCCUCUUCUAUCGAAGUGGGUAAUUUAUGGGGAGUUAGUUUGCAGUGGAUCAUGUGCUGGUCCCUCAGAUGAAAUUUCCCCUUUAUAUUCUUUAUGGGCAACAUUCAUUGGCCUCUACAUAGCUAACUAUGUUGUGGAGCGAUCAACUGGAUGGGCUUUAACUCAUCCUCUGUCACUUUCGGAGUAUGAAAGGUUGAAAAAACAGAUGAAACCUGAUUUCUUGGAUAUGGUUCCUUGGUAUUCAGGGACAUCAGCAGAUUUAUUCAAGACAAUGUUUGAUCUAUUGGUAUCUGUAACCCUUUUUGUUGGUCGAUUUGAUAUGCGCAUGAUGCAGGCUGCAAUGAACAAAGUUCCCGAUGAGGCUAAAGAUGGUGAUCUGCUGUACGACCACCUUAAUGAAAGAGAUGAGCUAUGGUUUGAUUUUGUUGCAGACACAGGGGAUGGUGGAAAUUCGUCAUAUGCAGUGGCUCGAUUAUUAGCCCAACCUUCGAUUCAGCUUAAGACUGAUAGUCCCAUGUAUGCUCUUCCACGUGGAGACUUGCUUCUUAUCGGAGGAGAUUUAGCGUACCCUAACCCUUCCAUGUUUACAUAUGAGAAACGUUUUUUCUGUCCAUUCGAGAGUGCUCUGCAGCCUCCACCCUGGUAUAAGGCUGAUCAUAUAGCACUAAUUAAGCCAGAGAUUCCUUUUGGAAUAACAGACUUGCAUCAGUAUGAUGGACCUCAGUGCUUCAUAAUUCCUGGAAAUCAUGACUGGUUUGAUGGUCUGCAUACUUUCAUGAGAUACAUAUGUCACAAGAGCUGGUUGGGUGGGUGGCUUUUGCCUCAGAAGAAAAGUUAUUUUGCCUUGCAACUUCCAAAGGGAUGGUGGAUAUUUGGUCUUGAUCUGGCUCUCCAUUGUGACAUUGAUGUGUACCAAUUCAAGUUUUUUGCAGAGCUGUGUAAAGACAAGAUUGGUGAGAAUGACUCUGUUAUUGUCAUGACACAUGAACCAAAUUGGCUCCUUGAUUGGUACUGGAAUGAGACUACUGGGAAUAAUGCUUCUCAUUUAAUAUGCGACUACCUGAAGGGAAGAUGUAAACUUCGAAUAGCAGGAGACUUGCAUCAUUACAUGCGCCAUUCUGUCGUGCCAUCAGAGAAGCCUGUUCAUGUGCAACACCUUCUUGUAAAUGGUUGUGGUGGGGCCUUUUUGCAUCCUACACAUGUUUUUAAAAAUUUCAGCAAAUUUCAUGGUGCAGCGUAUGACAGCAAGGCUACAUACCCAUCUUUCGAUGAUUCCAGUAAGAUAGCACUGGGUAACAUUUUAAAAUUCCGCAAGAAGAAUUGGCAAUUUGAUAUAAUUGGUGGUGUUAUCUAUUUCGUAUUGGUCUUCUCCAUGUUCCCACAGUGUAAUGUCAUCCGGAUCUUGCAGGAAGAUUCUUGGCUGGGUCGCCUGAAAAGCUUCUUGACUACACUGUGCAAUGCUUUUGUUUACAUGUUGCAAUAUUCAUAUGUCUCUUCAGCAGGAACUUUGGUAUUGAUAAUGUCAUCAUAUUCAUUUGUUCCUUCAAAAUUGUCACGAAAGAGACGUGCUCUAAUUGGGGUUCUUCAUGUUCUUGCACAUAUGGUUGCUUCAUUUAUCCUAAUGUUGCUGUUAGAGUUGGGAAUCGAGAUAUGUAUUCGUAAUAAUCUUCUAGCGACUUCAGGUUAUCACACACUUUAUGAAUGGUAUCGGGCUAUGGAAAUUGAGCACUUUCCAGAUCCCACUGGACUUCGUGCUCGCAUGGAGAAAUGGACAUUUGGUUUGUAUCCUGCAUGCAUAAAGUACCUUAUGUCUGCCUUUGAUAUUCCGGAGGUUAUGGCUGUCACUAGAGGUAACAUAUGCAAUAGUGGUAUGGAAUCCUUGUCCCGUGGCAGUGCCAUCAUCUACUAUGCUUCUGUGUUCCUUUAUUUCUGGGUAUUUUCAACUCCCGUCGUAUCUCUUAUAUUUGGGAGCUAUUUGUACAUCUGUAUCAAUUGGUUCCACAUACACUUUGAUGAAGCCUUUUCUUCACUUCGGAUAGCAAAUUACAAGGCAUUCACCCGCUUUCACAUUACUGUUGAUGGCGAUCUUGAGGUCUUCACCCUUGCAGUUGACAAGGUUCCGAAAAGUUGGAAGCUGGAUCCUGAAUGGGAUGCAGAAGUGAGACUGCCGCAGCAACUCAGCCAUCACAGGCGGUUUCCUAGCAAAUGGAAAGCUGCCUCAGGCCCAGAACCCAUCAACUCAGUGAGGGUGGUCGAUCAUUUUGUCAUCGAAAGAACCAAGCCAAAUCAAUCUCCUCGGCGGCCUACGUAACUUGUUGAUCUUCUCAAUUAGUUGUUCGCUGAUACCCCUGCAUAUUGGCAACUGUAUAGUAAAUUUCCAGAUAGGUUGGAGCUCACAUGAUUCAGGGUUUUACACCACUUGUUCCAUUCUUUUCUAUUCUUGUUGUGUGAGCGUGAUUGCUCCAUGGGCAGACUGAAUUCCUCCCUGUCAAAUUGAUUUCUGUUUUUUGGAAGUGCAAACAUUAAGCCAGCUGACCUAGUAAGUAGGCAUUAGGAUACAAGAAGUCUUUAUAGAUAAUUCUUGUUACUGAUUAUUGAACUCGGAAAUGUUUUAGAUGCAAAUUCGAUUUCCUCGC